UUUAGAUGCCUCCACACCCGCAGCCAGGGAAGGCAACGGACUUCCAUUGUACGGAGUCAACCCGUAAGAUCUUGCAGAACCUCCAAAAAAAGCGCACUGAAAGGAGGGGACGUCUCAGCUCAGAGGCUCCGAGCAAAAAGAAGUCAAAGUUCAGCAAAAGCAAUCUCAUUUUUAAGUUCCUCAAUAUGGCCAGUGUAUUCAUGCGGAUCUUCAACCUGAUCUGCAUGAUGUUGCUCAUUGGACACUGGUCAGGCUGCCUCCAGUUUCUGGUUCCCAUGCUACAGGGUUUCCCCUCCAAUUCAUGGGUUGCUAUAAAUGAACUCCAGGAAGCAUUUUGGUUGGAACAGUAUUCUUGGGCUUUAUUUAAAGCAAUGUCACAUAUGUUGUGCAUUGGUUACGGCCGCUUCCCACCCCAAUCCCUUACAGACAUGUGGCUUACGAUGCUGUCCAUGAUAAGUGGUGCUACUUGUUAUGCAUUAUUUUUGGGUCAUGCCACGAAUCUUAUUCAGAGUUUGGAUUCAUCACGUCGACAGUACCGAGAAAAGGUCAAACAAGUUGAAGAAUACAUGGCAUAUAGAAAGUUACCAAGAGAAAUGCGCCAAAGAAUUACAGAAUAUUUUGAGCACAGAUACCAAGGCAAAUUCUUUGAUGAAGAGGCAAUAUUAGGAGAAUUAUCAGAGAAACUUCGGGAGGAUGUUAUAAAUUACAACUGUCGUUCAUUAGUGGCCUCAGUGCCAUUCUUUGCAAAUGCAGACACAAAUUUUGUGUCUGAUGUUGUCACAAAGCUCCGUUAUGAAGUCUUCCAGCCAGGAGACAUCAUCAUCAAAGAAGGCACCAUUGGCACCAAAAUGUAUUUUAUUCAAGAGGGCAUAGUUGAUAUUGUAAUGGCCAAUGGUGAAGUAGCAACAAGCCUCAGUGAUGGGUCAUACUUUGGCGAAAUCUGUUUGUUAACAAAUGCCCGAAGAGUAGCAAGUGUGCGGGCAGAGACAUACUGUAAUUUGUUUUCACUCUCAGUGGAACAUUUCAAUGUUGUCCUAGAUCAGUAUCCCCUCAUGCGUCGCACAAUGGAAAGUGUGGCAGCUGAAAGACUGAACAAAAUUGGAAAAAAUCCAAACCUUGUGUCACAUCGAGAAGAAGACAUGGGGAGUGAAAGCAAAACAAUUAAUGCAGUAGUUAAUGCGUUAGCAGAGCAGGCAGAGCAUGUGAAUACCUCUGAGGAAUCAAUGGAUAAUCAGUCCAGUGAUAAAAGUAUUCAUGAGCUGGGCAAAAACCUGCAUGAAUUGGGUAAGACACUUCACAGGUUGAAUCUGCCACGACCAAAGUCUGAAAAUAGCUUUGCUUCUCAGGAGCUAGCAAUGAACCGCACCAGUCGGCCCAUGUUUCAUAAGUCCGACACCUUCCAUAAGGAUACAGCUUUCCAAUGACAACAUUAAUGAAGACCAUAUGUGUGAGUGAAGAUUAUUACUUAUUGUGUUGGUAAAUAAAUCUUCUAAAUGUGUUUGGAUGAAACAAGUGUAAACAUUUAAUCCAAUAAAGUGCGGCAUAUGAAAUGGGGCACUAAAUUUUUGCUAAAAAAGUAUUUUUCUGGUGCUCAAGAAUGACAUGGAUCCAGAGAAUCAUCUUCUCAUCACAUUGUUUUUGUUUAUAGCAAGUGUGAGAGACACACGUCCAAGUGGAAAGCUAGCGUUCGUGCAAUAUUAGAAAUUUAAAAAAUAUAGCUUUAAAUUAGGGUGCUCAAUAAAAUUGCGUUUUUACACCCAGUCUACGUCACAGUAUGUGUGGUGUAAUAGAGUAUUUUAUUAGUUUACACAAUUAGGACAGUAAAAUAGGCCUAAAUGUAAAGAAGAGAUAUAUAUAAAUAAAUAUAUAUAUAUAAUAUGAAUGGCAGGACCAUUAAUUAGGAAUAGUUCUUGUUGAGAAGGUUCUAUAUUUGUUCAUAGCUAUUUUCAAACAGGCAAAUGUUUAUUAUAACAUUCAGAAGUGGCUUUUUCAUACAACAGUUAACUUUGAACUUCGCAAUUGUGAUUGUAAUGAGCUCAUUACUGUUUCUUGCUGUGUUUGGGGUAUAUUUAUUUAAAAUACCCAGUCUUGUAAUAGAAUUAAUUUCUGACUAUAGAUACAACUGCACAUAAUUUCAUGUGUGCAUUGUGGAUUCAAUGCAUUUGGAUUAAGAAUUAAACAUCUUCAGCCAAUACAUAAUUUAAAUUAUUUACAUCAGCAUUUCUCUUCUUUUGUAGUAUAUCCAAACUGAUUUCAUGAGAAAGAGGAAUUGUUUAUUAAAUAUGUUAUAAAUAUAUAUAUAAGAUGUUUCAUCAAUAUUUUAUACUAUGAAGAAGAAAAAUAUAUAUGUGCUAUCUAUACAUUAUUAAAAAUGGUUUAUUAAUUAAAAUAUGGAUUCAUUUUCUGAUAAUCUGUAUUUUAAUUAAGUUGCAUGGUCUGGAUAUAUGUAAGAUAAUAACCUGCAUGAAAUGUAAAUUCCAUGUGGAAGGAGUUUCUAUCACAUUGAAAUGCUGAUGUAAAUUCCAGUCAAAACAUGAGUGCAUGAAGGAAUGUAUGUUUUCAAAUGUAAUAUGAAUAGGGUGGCCAGAUUCUGAAAAUAAAAAUCUGGAGCAUUUUUGACUUGAGGACUGGGUUACAUGGGGCCAAAUAAAUAACUCAUGAACCUGUAGACUGAUUUCACUCAAAUACAGAAUAUAUGAGAAAUAUGGCUCAAAGGUAAGUCUUAUGUACAAUAAUUGAAAUUGUUCCACCAAGAAAAGAAAUUAAAUUCUUCAUGAAGCCCUUACAAUAAUAGUAAAUCUUUUUUUUUUAAUCCAGACAUUUAAAUGAAACAUGAUAAAACUCUAUACAAAACUUAGCACAGAUUUUUUCUUUCAUAUUGUGAUCAAAUUGCCACACCGUAUUAAAAAAAUGAAAUACUUCCUACUAUCUUCCCUCCAAAGAGGAGACACAAAAGGCAGUUUCCUUGUAAUGAAAACAUUAGUUGGAAAAGUGUAGAAGGUACAAGUAAUUAUUAAAUUUUCUGUAGGCUACACCUUCCCAAAAUCAAUCUUUGUCAUAGUAUACUUCAAUAAAGCAUUUUAUUGUAUCAUAUAAUUUAUUUCUGUUUAAUUCAGAAUUAUUUUGGAAAAUGAUAACAAUGAUACUUUUUUGUAAAUGUUAUUCAAUUUACAGAUGCAAAACAAGUUAGAAUACCUAAAUAUCCACGAAAAGUUUAGUAAAAAUAUAUUUCCCUACUGAAAUAAAUCUGCUCUGUAAUUUACAUAUCUAGAAAUCACUCAUCAUCACAUUCUUUGUUUUGAUGGUUGCAAAGAAGUGAUCAAAAUAUUAACCAAUUCAUUCUACUCUACCAAACAACUAUACAGCAGUCAUACAUUGAGUUAUUAAUAUUAUUAAUAAGAGAAAUUGAGAAAAAUCUAUUAUCUGUUUCGGAUAUCCAUAAUCAUCUUUUCUAUUGUUAUGCUCAUAGUUAUUUGUUUAUGUUAACUUCAUUAAAUGACAUUAUGACUAUGAAUCUAUUAUUAUAGAAAUGUCACAAUGCAUGAAUCAUGCACUGGUACUACUCAUUAUCUUAGUUAAUAAAUAACUGAACAUAAUGUUUUCAUGAUGAGGAAAUGCCCUCACAAAAUAAAAAAAUUAAAAAAAAAAUCAAAUUUAUUAGUGGGGACUCAAACAGACUUGGUAAAGUAACAGAGUAAAGAAUUAUGCCAAAAAUAGAGCAAGCAAUAUGUGAAUAGAUAGUAUAAUCAAGAGAAGCAAUGAAUGUUUGUAUGACAUAAUAUAUGUGUAUGCAUUUUUAUAUGUAUGUGUGGGUACAUUUCCAUUGUAACAAUGAUGAUUGGAUUAUAUGGUUUUGCUGUAUGAUUGUCAAGAAAAAAAAUAUUAUGAAAUGUUCACUCAGAUAGAAAAAUAUUUUAUCAAAAAGUUGUUUGUGGUAUUUUAAGUGAGCUUGUAACAGCUGAAAUCUUUCAAAUGAUCAUGAGAAGCAUGUUACAAAAAUAUUAUUUGACAAAAUUUUAUUCCUAAAACACAAACUCAUGUUCUAUAAUUUAUUUCUGAAUGUGUAUCAUUAUACUUCUGUGCAUUCUCCCAAAACAUAGGAGUUGUUUUGAUGGUGCAGUUUAUUUCUUAAAAUAUUUCCACAGGAUGCCUUAAAAAUUUAAUGAAAGGAAUCUUGAACUCUUUCAAUAGAAUUUGUCAAGGCAAUAAAAAUUUGUUAAAGAAAGUAUGCAUUUAUAAUCAAUUCAUUUUUAAAUUUUGGAAACUAUUCUUCAAUAUGUAAUAAUGAUUUCUAAGGCUUCCUGUUGGUAGAUAUAUGGUUACAACUGGACUUCCUGAAGACAUGAAAUAUUGUGAUACAUCAUUCAGUUCCCCUUCAUUCUCAAUCAUUAGAACUAUUGUCAUUUUACACAAUUAUUAUAAAAUGUUUGAGUGAAAUAAUCACCAUUCAUGAAAAGUUAUAGACUAUAUUAAUAUUUUAUUUGAACAGCAUUCAAGUCAACAGCUAUUAAUAUCAAAACAAAUUUUGUUAAUUAGCUAUUUAACUUUAAUCUUUUUAGAAAACUUCUAAAUUUUUAUCGCAUAAUGUGUUUGGGAAAUAAACUAUUUUCUGAGAACUCAACACAGAUAUUUUUAUGUUGAAUUUUAAAGUUGAAUAUUACUUUCUCAUAUACCCAGUAUUCAUUCCUUCAAAUUGUUGGAUCAAAUAUUCUCAAUCAAACUGUUCCUGCAUGAAAUGAAACUUAUGUAUGUAUUUUAGAUCACAUAAUUUGUAUGUUGUUCCAUAUGUACAUGAGCGUAAAACAUGGUAAUAUAUUUUUUAAUACUACAGGACACUUCUUAAAUCUGAGACUGGCCCAGAAAAUUGAUAUCUGUUCACCCUAUUUAAACGAUAGCGAGUGAUCAUCUAUAGUCAGACCGAUCGUCAAGAAAAUACCUGACUGAUAAAUUUUUUACUUGUAAAUUAUAUUAUUAAUUUACUCAUGAUUCUUGUAGAGAAAGACACUUUUGUUCUGUAUAAAAUUGUUAAUUUAAUUCCUUUUUGAGGGGUUGCAUAGUAGAAUAUCUAACACUUAGAGUAUUAGCAUCUUUCAUUUCAGAAAAUGUGAUGUUACUGUUGAAAUAGAUGCAACUGUAUUGCUGAUAUUUUUUACCAAAAGUGCUCAUUGUUAUUACAAAGUGAGUGAUCCUUAUAAAGAGUGUUAAUCUAGUUUCUAAAAGUGCCGAAUGUACACAUUCGAAGAAUUUCACUGCUCGUUAUGAAAUGAACAGUAGCUGCAAUUAAUGCAGUAGCUAUUACAAAUUUUCCCAUAAAUUUGCCAAAUAUACAUAUAUAUAUAUACAACCAUAAAUCAUAUACAGAAACAUUAAUAGUAUGUUUUUCUUUAAUAGUCACAAAUGUUAUAACCAACCACUCUGAAAAAUUUGGCAAACCAUCCCAGCCAGACUUUUUUUCUACUCAAUGGCUAUUGUAAUAUUUGUAUCAAAUUACCUUAUGAAAGCAUUUCUAUUGGUCCGUUCAUAAUUGAUGUCUAGUAUGUUUUUAAAUUAAAUUUCUUUGUAGCCAUCUCCUUUGAAAGGCACAACUGGAAUUAUAUUAAAGAACUAAAACACAUAUUCUUCAAUAGUAUCCAACUGUAUUGCAUUGAAAUCUGCUUGUGACAUUUUUUCUAGGGACCUAAGUAUUUCCAUUGUUAGGUUAAGCAUUUACAAAUUAUGUAUACCAAUGAACAGCUUGAAAUGAAUGCCUUAAGCAAGAAUGUCUUAAGUGGAUUCCAUAGCAUGCAUUUAUUUGUUCCAUAAAUACAAUACCAUAUCUCAUAUUGCUUUGGUAUUUUCUUUGGUACUUUUGUCCUAUUUUUAAUUAUUAUAAUAAUAAUAAUUAUUAUUAUUACUAUUAUUCCAAUGCAAACUUUGUU